AUCUGCUCAAAUGUCACGUCCUCGGAGGACCCUCCCCUGACUCCAUCCAUCUCCAGUUGCAAACCUUCCCAACCCCAGAGGCUCCCUGUCCCCCACCCGCUUCAUUUUUUUCCCUAUCACUAUCCGGAUACACUACAUUUUAAACAUUUGGUGUGAAUUAUGUUGUUCAUUCAACCAUAAACUGCAAUAGGGUUUUUUUUGUUCUGUUUUGUUAGUUUUUUGUUUUUUUGUCAGCUGCACUCACUUUCAUCUCCCCCAGCUCCCGGCACAUAGUAGGGGCUCAGUGAAUAUUUGUGGGCUGAAUGAAUUUGCCCCAUCUCGGGCAAGACGGCCUAUAGCUCCGGAGGAUGGGGAGCUUUCUUUGAACAUGAGACUGGGAGGUGCCUGGAAAAGAGGCCCCUGGCUCUUUGACCACACAGCCGGCCUUCAAGAUGGUGCCGAAGAAAGACAAGAAGCCUAAGAAGUCAACCUGGAAGUUUAAUCUGGACCUUACUCGGCCAGUAGAGGAUGGAAUGUUUGAUUCUGGAAAUGUUGAACAGUUUCUAUGGGAGAAGGUGAAAGUGAAUAGAAACACUGGAAAUCUUGGGAAUGUCGUUCACAAUGAACGCUUCAAGAAUAAAAUCACAGUUGUUGCUGAGAAACAGUUCUCUAAAAGGUAUUUGAAAUACCUUACCAAGAAAUACCUCAAAAAGAACAGUCUUGGUGAUUGGCUUCGUGUGGUUGCAUCUGACAAGGAGACUUAGGAACUUCCUUACUUCCAGAUUAGUCAAGAGGACGAUGGAUCUGAGUCUGAGGACUAGAUGAGGCCAUCCCUUAUAGGGCUUUGCUUGCUAAGAAAACAAAUGAAGUAUACAAGACCAGUGUCUUGAAAUGGACCUUUAGUUUAUCAGUGAAUAAAAAACAUUACUCUAUGUUAAGCAUUAAUCUCUUUUAUUUAAGUGUAUGCUGUUUAUAUGAUGCUUGCUUUCCUUUAAGACUUUAAAAGAAACUGUUUGGAGUGUAGUUGAUUUAUAGGGUUGUUAGUUUUGGGUUACAUCAGAGUGAAUCAGUUAUACAUAUAUCUACUCUUUUUUUCUUUUUUUAAGAUUCUUUUCUCAUAUAGGCCAUUACAGAGUAUUGG